AAGCCACGUGAACAAAUCCGGACGAGGAGGCCAAGUGACGGACGGGCGGGUGGCUGCUCUCAAGUCCCUUCAUAUUUUUGCCAUUUUCUCGGUUAUUUCCACUUCCAGCCUCCUCUGCUUCACCUGGCAAACGGAAGACUAACCCGUGAUUAAGAUGUGGCGCUGAGUGACACAGCAUCCGCCCUCAAGUAACGUCAGUGGUGGUGGUGGUGGUGGUAACAGCAGCAGCGUCGUCCAGGCACCAUGGCGGGCAACACCAGGCAUGUCGUUAAUAUGGCCAAUUCCAUCGUUGGCGUCUCCAUACUCUCCAUGCCCUACUGCUUCAAGGAGGCUGGGCUGCUGCUGGGGGUGGUGAUGGUGCUGGUGAGCGGCGUCAUUACCAAGAAGACCUGCAUGUUCCUGGUGCGGGCGGCGAUCAUGGCCAGACACCGCAGCUACGAGUUCUUGGCGUUCCAUGUGUUCGGCGUGCGCGGCAAGCUGGCGGUGGAGCUCUGUAUGAUCCUCUUCCUCAUCGGGAUCUGCAUCUCCUUCCACGUGGUGAUGGGGGACCUCGCGCCCGCCAUCGCCGCCCGGCUCCUGCACGUCCCCAACACCCCCUCGCUCCGGGCCACCAUGCUGCUAGGCAUAGCCAUUCUGGUGGUGCUGCCGCUGUGCCUGCUGCGGAAGCUGGACAACCUGGCCUCCAUGUCCGCCUUCUCCAUCCUCUUCUACUUCUUCCUCAUCACCGUGAUCUUCUGGUACGCCUUCCCCCGCCUGGUGGACGGCUCAUGGUUCCACCUGGCGCACCUGUGGCGGCCGGCGGGUGUCCUGCAAGUCCUGCCCAUCUGUAUGCUCGGCCUGUCCUGCCAGAGCAAUGUCUUCGAGAUCUACGAUUCUGUGCCUGACCCUGAUGUCCCAAAAAUGCGCGCUGUGGUCAACAACGCACUCAACCUCUGCUGUGCCCUCUACAUCGCCGUGGGCUUCUUCGGAUACAUCGCCUUCGUGGACCAGGAUAUUGCAGGUAACCUCAUCAUGAACUUCCCGGCCAGCCCGCUCACGGAGGGCAUCAAGCUGUUCUUCACUGUCUCCCUCGCCAUCAGCUUCCCCCUCAUGAUCUUCCCCUGCCGCACCUCCAUUCACUCCCUGGUCUAUCGUAGGAUCGAAGGUGUUGGGGUUGGGUGUGGCGACCUGUCCUCGGAGAACGCGCAAGGCUUCGACCUGGUGGGGAACUACAUGCCGGAAGCGAGGUUCAAGGCGAUUACCGUGGGCAUCCUCACCGUCAGCGUGGUGGUCGGGAUUCUGGUGCCUAAUAUUGAGUUCGUGCUGGGCGUGCUGGGCUCCACCAUGGGGGUCAUCAUCUCCCUGGUCUUGCCGUCCAUCAUGUUCAUCAAGGUCAACUCCAAGGCGUCUGUCGAGAGGCUGGUAGCGCAGGGCAUAAUGUUGAUGGGCGUCUUACUCAUUGUGACGGGAACCUACCUGAACCUGACCCACACCCCCCACGACACGGCCCUCUCAGCGGCAGACCAGCAGGUUGUGAUGGCCGUGCCGCCCGCCCUACUCAACGAUGGCCUGCGUGACCUGCCCCCGGAGAAAGAGGGUGACAUACCACUGCCCCGGCGUGAUGAAGACGCCCGGGCCAAGGCUGGGGCUGGGGCCGGGGCCGGGGCGGAAGACUCUGACACGCGGCGGGAGCCUGUGGCCCCUGAGCCUCCGCCCUCAGAGGAGGAGGAAGAGGAGAAGAAAGAGGCAGCGGCAGCCAAGCAGGAGAGGAAGGAGUCAGUGAAGGAGGAGGGUGGCGGGGGCCAGGACCCCCAGGGUGACGCGCUGCACCCUGACGCCAUCCAGAAGGAGGAGAAGGAGGCCCACCAGGAGGGGGGCGGGGGGGCGGGCCUGAUGGAGGAGGAGCUGCUGCAGAAGAUUGAGGACCAGCACCGGGAGCAGCAGAAGAUCCUGGCCGAGCAGAAGCAGAUCCUGCAGGAACUCAAGGACCAGAAGGCCCAGCAGGAGCAGGCCGCCGCUGCUGCUGCUGCUGCCGCUGUUGCUGCCGGCAACCCUGUACAGCCUGCUGCCGCGGCACCCCAGCCUGCCUGGGUGGCCGGUGCCCCCCCUGCUGCUGCUGUGCCCUUGGCAGGCCAGCAGGCUCCCAACGCUAUGCCUGUGGCAGGCCAGCAGGCUGUCCCAGCUGUGCCCGCUGUAAAUUAUGCAGAACAGGUGGCUCCCCAGGCUGUCAUACCUGCAGGCCAGGCAGUGCCUCUUGCACCUGCAGCCCAAGUGGUCCCCGCUGGUGUCCCUGCAGCUCAGGUGGCCCAGGCUGUUCCUGCAGGACAGGUGGUCCAGACUGUUCCUGCAGGUCAGGUGGUCCAGGCUGUUCCCGUUGCUCAGGUGGCCCAGGCUGUUCCCGUUGCUCAGGUGGCCCAGGCUGUUCCUGCUGCUCAGGUGGCCCAGGCUGUUCCUGCUGCUCAGGUGGCCCAGGCUGUUCCCGUUGCUCAGGUGGCCCAGGCUGUUCCCGUUGCUCAGGUGGCCCAGGCUGUUCCCGUUGCUCAGGUGGCCCAGGCUGUUCCCGUUGCUCAGGUGGCCCAGGCUGUUCCUGCUGCUCAGGUGGCCCAGGCUGGCCUCCCUGCUGCUCAGUUGCCACCCAAUGCUGCCCAAGUGGCCCCUGUUGCAAAUUAUGCAGUCCUUCCUGCGGGACAAGGUUCCCCCGCCCUGCCCGCUGGACAGGGGGCUCCUGCAGCUCAAAUGGCCCCUGCUGCCAGACAAGUGCCUACCGCCCAAGUAUUGCCUGCUACAAGCCAGGUGGCUCCUGCUGUGGGUCAGAUGGGUCCUGCUGUGCCUGCUGCCCUGGUGGGUCCCACUGUUGGCCAGGUAGUGCCCCCUGCUGCCCCCAUGGCUCGCGCUGUGGGCCCCACACCCCCCGCUGCUGCCCCGCGUGUGUCUGCCGGGGCCCCAGCGGGUGGGCAGGUUCGGCCGGCCACCCCGAAGGCCCCAAAGGCCCCCAAGCAGUCUGCCCCAGUGGCCCUCAAGGCCCCAAAACAGUCUGCCCCAGUAGCCCCAAAUGCCCCCAAACCGUCAUCCCCGAAGCCCCGGUUGCCCCACUACCCAUCAGCUGGCCUCCCCGCGGGGCAACAGCCUGCCAAAAAGGGCCCCGUGGGGUACCUGGAGAAGAUGUCCUCCGCCGCCCCCAAGAAGCCCCGCAAACACGACGAGGAGCGGCGCAAGAGAGCUGCGGGGCCGGAGCCCGAGCUUGUGCUGGGGCUGGGGCCUGAGGGUGCUGACCUUCCCCCCGUGGACCUGGCUGCCGGAGGCUGGGGCGUGGUGGGGCAGAAGGAGGCUGCCUUUGAGACCAGACACUUGCUCUGGGGCAACCGACGGACCAAGAGGCGGCACCGGCGGGGCGGCCAGCGGGGCGGUGACGAGGAGUACUGGGACGAGACCUAGAGGGUGUGUGUGUGUGUGUGUGUGUGUGUGUGUGUGUGUAGCAGAUUUUCUUGGUAAUGGAACAGAGAGUAGGAAGAGGAGGAGGAGAAGAAAGAGAAAGAAUGAAAACAGAAGAAUAACAACAGAUGGAAAGGAAAAACAGAGAGAGAGAGAGAUUAUCAAUUGAUUUAUAUUUUAUCAAAGCGUGUGUGUGUAUGUGUGUGCGCGUGAAUGUAAGUAUGUGUGUGUAUUUAUGUAGCCGUUGUAUACAGGAUUACUUAGUCUCGGCGUGCGUACGUGUGUGUGUGUGUGUGUGUGUGUGUGUGUGUGUGUGUGUGUGUGUGUGUGUGUGUGUGUGUGCCCAGAUAUUCCGUGCCUAGGAAAACGAAUUCACUCUAGUUCUGCCAAGGCUGCGUCGGGCGUACACAUCAGUUUUAGGUGUGUUCAGGGUUAGCUUAGUCUCGAGAGGACGGCUAGAAUUAAUCACAUCAUUAGUUAAUCAGUCAAUUUCCGUACAACAACAACUAGAACAUUUAGGUCAAUAUUAUAAGACAUUUUCGCUUCUCACACCAGCUAUUUCUAAAGGUCAAAAGGGGGUCACUCAAGUUCUAGUAAGUGUUUCUUCAGGUUCAUGGUACAGAAGAAGGGUCAAACUACCGCCAGGGUCAUAAAGCUACUCUUGGAAAUGCCCACAACUCUUACGAAAGCCUUGUCAAAUAUACAUUCUUGGGCAAUGAAAUGUCUUAUAAUGCAACCUUUAAGCUCCUACUGCUAGCUCUCUCUCCUCGCUCCAUACUUAACCAGACAGACAUACCCAAAACAUUGAAGCCCCCUGUAUCACAAUUUCCGUACAUCAACAACAAUAGGUAGAACACUUAACCUCCAAAUGCUAGCUAGCUCUCUCUCCUCGCUCCAUACUUAACCAGACAGACUGAGAGACAUACCCAUAACACUUAAGCCCCCUGUAUUACAAUUUCCAUACAUCAACAACAAUAGAUAGAACACUUAACCUCCAAAUGCUAGCUAGCUCUCUCUCCUCGCUCCAUACUUAACCAGACAGACUGAGAGACAUACCCAUAACACUAAAGUCCCCUGUAUUACAAUUUCCAUACAUCAACAACAAUAGAUAGAACACUUAACCUCCAAAUGCUAGCUAGCUCUCUCUCCUCACUCCAUACUUAACUAGACAAACAUACCCAAAACACUGAAGCCCCCUGUAUUACAAUUUCCAUACAUCAACAAUAGGUAGAACACUUAACCUCCAAAUGCUAGCUAGCUCUCUCCUCGCUCCAUACUUAACCAGACAGACAGACACAUACUCAGAUACUACUUGAAGAAUUACGGCGUUUUUAUUUAUUUUUUUAUAUAUAUAUAUUUUUUUUGGUCGUGAUUCUUUGUGAGUCUUCCAUCCGAGUGAUCUUCCAUACUUACCUUUAGAUGUCUUUUUUUAACUCCUUCUUCUUCAUGUUUUUGCUUUCUCCUUCCUCCUCCAUUUUCUUCUUUCUUUAUUCCUUUCAUGGCUGGCUCUUCACUCCUUCCUUCCUUCCUUUCUUUUCCUCUCCCUCAUUCCAUCCCUCCCUUCCUUUUGCUUUCCUCUGCUUGUCUUUCCUUUUCCUUCACUCCCUUUCUUUCCUUCCUUCCUUCCUCUCUCCGUUUCUUCCCUUCCUUCCCUUCACUCCCUUCCUUCCUUCCUUCCUUUCUUUCACUCCCUUUUCUCCCUCCUGUCCCUGUUCCUCCUUCCUUUCUCUCUUUCCUCCUUCCAGUCCCUCCUCCCUUUCUUUCAGUCCCUUUCCUUCUUUCCUUCCUGUCCCUUCCUUUCUUCACUCCCUUGUCCCUCCUUCUCUUCCCUUCCUUCCUUCCUUCACUCCCUCUGGUCCCUCCCUUCCUUCCCCUCUCAGCAAACAUAACAAAACCCAAUAUAAUGUAAUGUAUUCUUAAGAGGUUUUUGCCAUCGUAGAAGUAAUAGACGUUACUAAUUGCAAUCCAUAUACUUACACUUUAUAUAUAUAUACUUACUUAUCCAAACAAACCCAGUCAUAGUGUUAAGUGAGCCUGCAUACUACUGUUCUGCACUUAAGGAAUAGUGUGUGUGUGUGUGUGUGUGUGUGUGUGUGUGUGUGUGUGAAACAAGGCACAAACUACACAAGAGAAGAGAACUGAUUCCACGGUGUUGCAUUUACGCACUUUUCUUUUUCUUCUUUAUUUUCUCUCUAGGCACUAUCACUACUAUCACAUCCAGUCUCUAUUGUAAGUAACGCAGAUGUACAAUUAUUAUAUUUACUGAUUUGCUGGUGUGUGUGUGUGUGUGUGUGUGUGUGUGUGUAUUUAUUCAGGUGCAUUUGCCAGUUCUUAUGUAUGUGUGUGCGUUAUGCAAGGAGAACUAUACCGAGUGUGUGUGUGCGAGCCGAACAGUGUCACGCACGGAAAAUUAUACCCCUCGUGUGAUUGGUAGGUAACUUCCGUGUGUGAGUGUGUAUGCGCGUUAUGCAAGGAGAAUUAUACCGAGUGUGUGUGUGUGAGUGCCGAGCAGUGUCACGUGCGGAAAAUUCUACCCCUCGUGUGAUUGGUAGGUAACUUUCCACGCGUAACACACAUGCCAUUACGAGGGGAGGCGACGAGGUUGUGUUGAAAGAAAGAAAGGAAGAGAGGAAGAAACUAGGAGAGGGACAGAUGAAGAAGGUAUUAGAGGAAGAAGUGAUGGAUAUAGAUGUGUAAGAGAGAAGAAAAGAUUGUGUUGAAAGAAAGAAAGGAAGGGAGAAAGAAAUAGGAGUGGGACAGAUGAAGAACAUAUAGAGGAAAAAGUGAUGGAUAUUGAUGUGCAAGAGAGAAGAAAAGAUUGUGUUGUAAGAAAGAGAAAAAGAAAGAAAUGGGAUGAGAAGAGGAACAGAUGUAGAGCGUAUAGAAAGAAGACCAAUGAAUAUAGAUAUGUAAGAAAGAAAAACAAAGAAAUGGUGCGAGGAGUGAGAUAGAUCAAGAGUACAUAGGAGGAAGUAGUGAUGGAUAUAGAUGCGUAAGAGAGAAGUUAGACUAGAAGAACAAAGUGGAGGUUGUUGAGCAGUUACCAGACUUAGAAGAGAAAGGAACCAUCUGGGACUGAUACAAGGGGACCAGUCAGACAGCCAGCCAGCCCUCCUUCCCCUCCUGAGAAACACAGACCAACACUUGAAGAGGAAGACUAGGAGAUGAAAGUGGAGGUGGUUGAACAGUUACCAGACUUGGAAGAGAGAAAGGGACUGCCUGGGACUGAUACAAGAGGACCAGUCAGACAGCCAGCCCUCCUUCCCCUCCUGAGAAACACAGACCAACACUUUACCCCUUGACUGCGGAUUUCCUACCAGAAGACCUCACCAAGCUACAGGAGUGAAACAACAAGUGGCUGCUACAAUUCAGUGAAGAAAAUGUAAAGUCCUGCACCUUGGGAGGGGAUAUCCAGCAUACCAGUACCACAUGGGAAACACUCCACUAUCCACCACAGAGGCAGAGAAAGACCUGGGAGUGUGUGUUACCAGGCUACCAGUGAAGGCCAAAUCCAGCAUACCAGUACCACAUGGGAAACACUCCACUAUCCACCACAGAGGCAGAGAAAGACCUGGGAGUGUAUGUUACCAGGCUACCAGUGAAGGGGAAAUCCAUGCCAAUCGCAGCGGACGGGUUAAAGAUGAAGUAGAGGAACAUGAUGAUGAAGAUGAAGAAGCUCAGGACACAAUAGCCGUACGAACAUGAUGACCUACAUUGACGACACAGAAGAAAAUGAUGAAGAUGACAACAUGAAGGAAAAUGAAAUCAAGGUACGGAAAAAAAAUCUCUAGCAUUGCGGCAUAGUGUAAAAAAACUGGCAAACACACUCUUAACGGAGGACGCUCAGAGCUGCUUCAACUUCAAGGGCAGACGUCUUAAGUGGUGGUGCCUGUCGGUCGCCCCCCAGCACAGUAGAGUCACAGGCAAAGGUUUCAUAGUGGCGCCAUCUCGCUUGACCCCUGCUGCCCUCCCUCUCACCCCCAGAGCUCCACUUAAUCAUCUUUAGUUUCACAAGAGUCCAGGUUCAUAGGCGGUCUUCAGGGCAGCAUGUGGGUCGUCUCAGGCCACUCGGCAAUGACUGAGAGGCAGGAGUCCCAACGUUGCCAGAUUGUCGUACUCAGCCGCUUAUAUUUCCCGACUUCCUACCACAAAACUGUCUUCUGGGCUCCAAUAAAGAAACUCAUUUAUAGUUAUCGUUAAAAGAGUUAGAUCCUGAUGUUUCGGCGGAAUGGAAAAAUUUGGGUGGGUUUUCCGAUACUCCACGCCCCUGUCCACCCAGCAGUGAAUGGGUACCAGGUAUUAAUCGGGGGUUGUGUCCCGUCUCCUGAGAUCUGUUCCCUUCUAUAAUUCCUUCCCCUUCUGUCUCUCUCCGGCAUAUGACCACAGAUGUUGCGCCGACUAAACGAAACUUUCCAACUUGUGUUUCUUCCCCUUCUGUCUCUCUCCGGCAUAUGACCACAGAUGUUGCGCCGACUAAACAAAACUUUCCAACUUGUGUUUCUUCCCCUUCUGUCUCUCUCCGGCAUAUGACCACAGAUGUUGCGCCAACUUAACGAAACUUUCCAACUUUUCCUGAUGUUUCUUGGCAAUAGUUAGGCGUCAGAAACAGGUAAAUGCUAUGCUCUGAGUACGAUAAUCUGGCAACCGUGGGAUUUGAACCAUUCACCCACGAACUCUCUGUCAGGAGGGAGCGACUUUCUUCCACCUGUACUUCUCCACAUCUCCCUUCCUCCCCUUUUCUCCUCUUGUUGUCUCUCCUACAAUUUUCUGCUCCAUUCUCCAAAACAUCUUCCUUUUCAGUUUCUUCCUCCUACCAUCCCUUAGGGUGCGACCACACUGCACGCGUUUUGCUGGGAGGAUAGAGGGUAGCGGGAUGCCUAGUGGGUCAGAGGCAAGAACAAACACAUGUUAUCUAAUAGGAGUAGCCAUACAGGACGCGGGUAGCGGGUAAUGCUGCCCCCCCCCUCGUCUUGAACCAGCUCUGAACGCCCUCCUCUAUCUGCAUUGCAUCGAGGCUGAAAGUGUGCUAUAUAUAUUAACACAUGCAUUUCCUAUAGUCAGGGUAGAAAUGUUGUAUAUGGGUGUACAUACUGAGGUGUUUGUACCAACUCCCCGCAUCUUUAUAAACUUAACGUGUAUGUAUAUAUAUAUAGAUCUGGACCCCAUGCUCGCUGUGUGCCCCCCAGACUCUAUAAGUAUGUGGAUUAUAUGAGUGUGUGUGUGUGUUUAGGUAUGAUAAGCACACACACACAGCUUAAGUAUUCCUGUGUGUGUGUGUGUGUGUGUGUGUGUGUGUGUGUGUUUUGGUAUGAUAAGCACACACACACAGUUUAAGUAUUCCUGUGUGUGUGUGUGUGUGUGUGUGUGUGUUUUGGUAUGAUAAGCACACACACACAGUUUAAGUAUUCCUGUGUGUGUGUGUGUGUGUGUGUGUGUUUUGGUAUGAUAAGCACACACACACAGUUUAAGUAUUCCUGUGUGUGUGUGUGUGUGUGUGUGUUUUGGUAUGAUACGCAUGCACAUAAAGCUUAAAUAUACUGUAAUAUUAUGUGUGUGUGUGUGUGUGUGUUAACCAUAAUUUCUGUGCAUUUAAUUAACCCCGGCUGAUCUUGAGGUGAAAUAAACGAAGGAGGAAAC